AUGAGUCGCUAUCUCACACCCUCCAAGGUCACCUUGCUAUGUUUGGUGUCGCUGUAUGUCGAGGGCAUCGUCCCCAACACAUCAGCCGUACCUGUCCUGUCCUUUUUGAUAUCUCACAUUCUACCACUACGACCCGGAGACUCAUUAAAAUCUCCUCGCGCAUUUACUCGCGAUAAAAAACAUGCCGUCUCUCUGGAUGAACUAGAAGAGGUCCUGUCGUAUCACACCUCCUCCAUCCCCGGCCGCUCAGUAUGGGACCUCCUCCUCCGCAAAAUGUGGUCACUCGACUGCUGCGACGCGCUAGAAACCUUUUUCGCUGAAAUCCAUCAAAUCGUUGAAAAAUCGCGCGAAGAGCAGAUCCAUGACAGAGACAAUGGCAUUGAGCCUAUCAGUGAUCGUAUGCUACUAUCGCGUUCCUCGCCGCUAGGCGCGUUUGUGCGCAGAGCGCAGCUGGAGUUUACGCGGUUGCAAUUUCAUGAUUCGGUCAAAUUGUGGCGCGGGUUCGUCAAGUAUCGAAUGCCGACGUAUCGUGCGUGGGCGCGAAGGCAUCCGUCUAGUGGAGAGUCGGCUGUUGAUAUCAAUCUGGCAGAAUUGGGGCUGGACUCUGAUAGUCCCAUUGGGCAGGUGGUGUAUCGCAAUAUCGAUUACGAUUCGGACGACGAGGCGGGUGUCAGUACCAAGGAUGUUGAGCAGUUGUUGAGUUUCCAGGUUGAGGAACUACAAAGAAUUGGCGGCCGCGUUCCGGAUGAAGUACGAGAUCAACUCGAGUAUAUUAUUUCGGCGGGAGUCACUGUGCCCAGCAUGUCACAUUACAUUCGGUUUCUGGAUGCGUGGAGAGCAGGCGAUUAUCCUUCGUCUUUUGAUAAUCUGCAUCGAUACUUUGAUUAUACGAUCCACAGCAGAGAUCGGAGUUUCUAUCAGUAUGCUCUACUGAAUUUGGCUAUUCUGCACGCCGACUUUGGGUCUUAUACCGAAGCUGUGUCUGCCAUGCAGGAAGCUAUUUCUAUCGCACGAGAGUCACAUGAUAUGAACUGCCUUAACUUCUGCAUGAGCUGGUUGUAUCACUUUGGCAAGGCGUUUCCGGAGGAAAUGAAGGACGUGCAGAAUACGGGCAUGCUGGGUAGCGAGAAGGAGGGUCUUGCUUUUUUGAAGGCAAAGGCCAAGGAGACUGAGUCGUGGGGGUUGCUUAGUACUAUGCAUUUGAGUGAAGCGAAGCUUGAUCUGCAGAAUGGCGAGAGUUUGGCAUCCGUCUUUGAGAACGUUGUCAAAUCGUUCUAUUUGAAUGUGACCCGAAAUUUGAGAACGACAAUGGGCCCGCAGCUUCUACUCGAGUCGUCGCUAUUCACUCGUAUAGGUCUAACACAUCUUUCUCUCUUACAUUGCGACAUCUUUCGUGAAUGUUACACCAAGGGGUCACCUCUUGAAGACAAACUUAAAAUCGCCUACCGGGGCAGUCAAUUAAUUUUCCAUAGUGGUAGCUAUAAACGAGCAGUGGCUCGCCUCGAUGACAUAGGACAGACGGAGUUACGGUCACUCAAAGCGAAUCAAUAUUGGGCAUUCUAUUCGGGUGUUUUGAAAUUACAGAGGCAGAUCCAUAGAGACGAUGCAGUUGCCGUCGAACACCUCUUUGCCCAACUACAAGACAUCGGACUUCACGACAUCGAUCUCGUCCUACAACUGUCCUUCUUAGAAAUCGAAUUCCGUCUCCGAAAAGGCCAUCACUCGCAAGCUAUGGCAAUAGUAGAAGGAAUCGCACAAACAAUGCGUCAAGAAAACUUUGACGUCCUGGCCCAGAUCCGAUUACUGUGCUUCAAAGCCAGGAUUCUUGAGAAGACAGGUCUGCCGCAACGAGGCUUUUCCUUGGCUAUGAGAGCUGCUAGUAUUGCUCACCGAUGCCGCGUGUUACCAGGGUUGUGGGAAGCUAUCGGUGUACUGGCCAAUGUACUAUUGAGUAUGCGCGAAUUCGAGGCUGCUGCAGAAAUGAUGGAGAGUAUUAUGCCUCAAAUUCUUGAGCUUGAUGACCGUUAUCUCACCGCACGAUCAUAUUCGAUCUUGGUAGACGCAAACAUGGGUUUGGCCGGUGAAGCCACCUUGCCUACACCAUCAUUCUCACCUGACGACGACGAUGACGAAGAAGCAGUGAACAAAGUUCCCGACCCGCUCAAGAAGAAGGAAUACAUUACCCGCGCAUUGACGUAUAUUGACUGCUCGUACGAUGAGUACGAAGCCAUUGAGGAUCUACUGGGACAGUGCGAGAUGAUGGCCAAGAAGGCGACAGUCAUGCAUUUGUCAGGUGAUUUGGUGUUGGCGAAUGAUUAUGCGGCGAAGUAUUUGGAUUUGAGGAGGGGGGCUGUGAGGGAGAGAGAGUAG